GACCAUUAUUACUGUGCCAUCCCUCUGCCCUCUCCCCCCCUCGCUGUCGUGAUUAAUCAAAUCCUUUAAUCGCUGCUGCGUGCUCUGAGUCGUUCGUGAGUCUCCGUCUAUUCUUACUCUCCACUGUUGUUCUAGGGUAUUUGUAUUAUUUAUAACCGCCAUCCACCUCGCAUCAUCAUCUGAUUGCUUUUUUUCGUCUUAUCUUCGGCUUCAUGCCUCGGUCGCCAUGUACGACCCCGAAGCCGCCAUCCUGCUAGAAGAGACGCUGGGCGAGGCCGACUCGUCAUAUGGCGACGACAGCGACCGCGAGUCGCAGACCACCUCGUUGAAGUCGUCCGUCACCAACUACAUCUAUGAAAACGGCCGCCGAUAUCACGCCUUUAGACAGGGCGCAUACUGGGGCCCCAAUGACGACCAGGCCUGCGACAACCUCGACCUAUUCCACCACCUCUUCGGCCUGACCCUCGGCGGCAACCUCUUUCUCGCGCCGAUCGCGCAGUCGCCAAAUCGCGUGCUCGAUCUCGGGACAGGCACUGGCCUGUGGGCGAUAGACUUCGCCGACAUGUACCCUGCAACAGCCGUGAUCGCGACCGACCUCUCCCCCGUCCAACCGACCCUCAUACCGCCGAACCUCGAAUUCCAAAUCGACGAUUUCUGCCUCCCGUGGACCUUUACCAAAGAGAGCUUCGACUUCAUCCAUGCGCGGUCGAUUUACGGCUGUGUGGCCGAUUUGCCUGCAUUUUACGGCCAAGUGAUGGAACACCUCCAGCCCGGUGGCUGGUUCGAGCAGGCCGAGAUCAGUGUUGUGGCCCGGUCGGAAGAUGGCUCUCUCGCCGGCACCUCCAUGGAACAAUGGGGCCCCCUUGCUUUAGAAUGCGGAACCAAGUUCGGCAAAUCCUUCAGCGUUGCCGAAGAUACGGGCAAAUUGUUCCAGGAAGCUGGCUUUGAAAAUAUCACAUAUCGCACCUUCAAGUGGCCGAUCGGCCCGUGGCCCAGGGAUCGACGUUUCAAGGAGAUCGGCGCGUACAACCGAAUAGGCUGGGAAGAGGGUCUUGAGGGCUGGGCUAUGUUCCUCUUCACCAAUUACUUAGGGUGGAAACCAGAGGAAGUUCAAGUCUUGAUUGCCAAAAUCAGGUCAGAGUUGCGAGAUAAGUCGAUCCACGGCUACCAAAAUAUCUCCAUAUGCUAUGGGCAGAAACCCAAGCCGUCUGCCGUUGACAGAUAAAUGUAUUUUCCCAUCCAUAAUGAUUCUAUUGUAUAUGUUUAUGUUACUUUUACUUUGUUGGAAAGCCUGGCAGAUGACUGAACUUGCCGCCAUUUAUGAUUGCAUAUGAUGCUACGACUGUGAUUUCUUAGACCAUCUUGU